CAAUUUCCUGUAGCCUCACAUAGCGCUGCCUCUUGGAGUGUGUGCAGUGUGUGUGAGCAGUGCCGAGUGGACCAGGAUGCAAGCCAUCAAGUGUGUGGUGGUGGGAGACGGGGCUGUUGGGAAAACAUGUCUUCUCAUCAGCUACACAACCAACGCCUUCCCUGGUGAAUACAUUCCGACAGUUUUUGACAACUACUCGGCCAACGUGAUGGUGGACAGCAAGCCGGUCAAUCUGGGCCUCUGGGACACGGCCGGACAGGAGGACUACGACAGGCUCCGCCCCCUGUCCUACCCCCAGACGGAUGUGUUUCUGAUUUGCUUCUCCCUGGUGAGUCCUGCGUCGCACGAGAACGUCCGAGCUAAGUGGUACCCGGAGGUGCGCCACCACUGCCCCUCCACGCCCAUCAUCCUGGUGGGCACCAAGCUGGACCUGAGGGACGAGAAGGACACCAUCGACAAGCUGAAGGAGAAGAAGCUGUCGCCCAUCACGUACCCGCAGGGCCUCGCUCUGGCCAAGGAGAUCGAUGCAGUGAAGUACCUGGAGUGUUCGGCGCUGACCCAGAGAGGUCUGAAGACGGUGUUCGAUGAAGCCAUCAGAGCGGUCCUCAUUCCUCAGCCCCCCAAAGUCAAGAAGAAGCCAUGCUCCCUGCUCUGAGAAGAACAUUCCAGAUGUGCCAGAAGAAUGACGACUACAAAGAGCUGCAUUGACCUUAAAAGGAACGCUUCCGAGCAAAACCAACAAAUUCAAGUCGGGAAAGACCCACGCUCGCUGACCUUUUAUUAGCUACGCCUGCCGUCAACGUCACAGUACUUUUGUUCUGUAUUUAAAACCUCUUAUUAACUUUGAAAUGUAUAAAAAUGACAAGUAAUCCAAUGUUAAGUACCUAAUAAAGUGGACACUGAGCGUAUCAUGCUGAGAAUGUACAGUAAGCUAGCCAAAUUCUCAACGUCAAAAGCUGUAUUUGGAUCAAAAUGUGUGAUGAAUGUGUUAUUUGCUGUGAUUAAAAUACGGGAACAGAUUUUCUGUUGGGAGAUCAUUCCUGUGCUUCAUCAUCAUUAGCGUUAUCGGCCCAAUCAUCAUCAUCAUGAGAUGCGAGAUGAAUGAGGGCCGUCGCCGUCUCAUUCAUCUCAAUGUAUUUUUGCCGCCUGCCUGCAGCACAUCUGACCACCAGCUAGCGGAUUAAUCACACUCAUUAUCGAGUGCGUGUGAAAACAAAUUAGCCCAAGCAUGGCUGUGUUGUCUUAGACGCCCAAGGGACAGUUUCAGGAACACCUUUCAGGAACACCUGCACACGCUAAGGCAGCCAUGCCCAAAGUGCGAUUUUUGGCUCACGGCUUUAUUUUUAUUUUUUUUAAUCAGCUCGCGGUGUAUGAAUAUGAAUAUAUAUACAUAUAUAUUGUAUGAAUAAAAACAAAGCCCUACGGAACAUGACAAAGGUUUCGGGCCGCACUGAAAAGAAAAAAAAGGUACGACAGAGAACGUUAGCAUAGCAUAGCCUGCAUAUGUUGACCUGCAGUGCCUAACAAAUGCCUUAGAGCGCCACCCAGUGUAAGGAUGACCCAAAUGAACAGCACUAUUAUCACCCAACUCAUUUUUUUUUUUAUUGUUUCUUUAAGCUCUUGAGCUGAAAUGGUAUUUUUAAAGCUAAAACUUGAUUAUUAUUGCUGUUAUCUGUGUAUGUUGAAAGGUGUUUUACACAAAAAAACUGAAAAAAUAGGAGUGCAUUAUUAUUUUUCAUAUAUUAAUAUACAUUCCCGAACACGAACAUGUUUGCAAGCUAAGCACCAUACAAAACAUUGCAUUAUUUUAUUGUGAAAAAAAAAAAGCCCUGAUCUAAAGAGAUCCAAACGUUAAAACAUCUGUUCUGCUCUCUGUGUCUCUGCAGGCCAUAUAAAUGUGCUUUAAAAUAAUAAAAAGCCUCCCAGUGAUGUUUUGUCUCUGUUUAUAAUUCAACACUUUUCACCUGCAACUUUAUUGACCCAUGA